GUUUUAUAAUCGUGAGGUCGUAGGAGUAUGGCUCGUUCUGUACUGCGUAUUGUUGAUUUGGUGGUUGCUUCUAUCUGCGAAAUUUCAAAAAUUCGAGAUUACCUAAUCUAAUCCAGUCCCUCGCACGUGCCGCCCGCGCCAAAAGUCUAAGUCUAAUGUUUUCGGGGGGCACGGACCAGGGACUGAUACCGAAUGUAUGACGUCGACUGUCUCGCUCGGGAACGGUUCCUUGUCCUCGGUGAUCGACGUUGGGGAGUGGAAUGUUGUCUCUGCCAUAUGGAGCAACUGGGAAUCUCUUUUGGGAACAGAUGGAUCGAUUGCGGUGGCUUAGAUUGGCUGAGGCUGCUGCUGUGAUAUAAGUACUCUUUGUCCGCUAUUUGGUUGGUGCGAAAGGGUUUAAUAUCGUUGAUAUUUCUUCAGUCCCGAUUCUGAGCAACGAGGACUUGUUUGAGUAGAUGCUCUGUUGGGAUUACCAUACUAGCUAGGAGGAGGAUAUCGAUUUUUAUUUCCACUGUUGGAUAAGCUGUUAUAUAUUUGGCGUCAUGCCUUUCAAUACCGCGACGGUGGGCACGGCAGUUACGCCUACUGUCAUUGCUACACUUAUAUCUCAUUACCUCAAUCGCAAAAAGAGCAAGACCCGGGCCCUCAAACCAACAGCCCACAUCUCCUACGACGAAGGCCUCGCACUCAUCCGACAAUUCCUCCUCUACGCCUCCCACCACACCGUCGAAGAGCUCCAAGGCUUCACCUCCCAAAAAGUCCCCCACCCAACAUGGGUCAAGACCAAAGAAGUCAACAUCCCCCCGGCCCAAAUCGCUAAGGCUGCCACAACAAUCCAAACCCAACUCGGUCCCGAGGGCAUCGAGCUGGUCGGCGGCAAGACAUGGUGGCAAUGGCGACGCCCCGGCAGCGAGCUAAAAGCCGAGUGGAUCGAGAUGCGCGCCGACUACCUCGCGCGCAAGAAAUCAGCCGACAAGGGCCGCCGCGUCAUGUUCUACGUCCACGGCGGUGCCUACUUCUUCGGCAGCGUCGACGUGCACAGAUACCAGCUGCAGCGGCACGCGCGCAAGCUCAACGCCCGCGUCUUCGCCCCGAGGUAUCGUCUCGCGCCACAAUUCCCGUUUCCGGCGCCGCUGCAGGAUUGUUUGGCUGCGUACCUGUAUCUGUUGGAGUCGGGACAGGAUGCGUCGACGAUUGUGAUGGCGGGGGAUUCGGCGGGUGGGGGGAUGGUGCUUAGUCUGCUGUGUAUUUUGAGGGAUCAGGGACUGCCGUUGCCGGCGGGGGCGGCGCUGAUAUCGCCGUGGGUGGAUCUGACGCAUUCGUUUCCGAGUGUGGCGGGGGAUAGUACGUUUGAUUAUGUGCCGCCUCAUGGGUUUCAUCAGCGGCCGUCGGCGUCGUGGCCCCCGCCGAAUUCGGAUGAUAUUGAUGCGAUAAUGGAGGCGCUGGCGACGCAGCAGGCGGAGAAGCUGAAGCAUGUUGAGGGAAAUGAUAGGGCUUCGGUCGUGGGGUAUCAUGUUCAGGACUCGGAAAUGGGAAACCAAGGACCAGCUACCACUCGACUUGCGAUCGUCCCUGGAAAGGGGCCGAAUAUUUCUGUGGCCGUAGACGGGAAAAUCGUCGAGGUUAUUGAUCAGAUUCAUAUGUACACUACCAACGCCCUUCUUUCGCACCCGCUUGUUUCGCCCGCCCUUCAGCCCUCUCUCGGUGGCCUCCCUCCGCUACAAAUUCUCACCGGAGGCGGCGAAAUCCUACGCGACGAACAGAUCUACCUAGCCCACAAGGCAGCAAACCCAUCAUUAUACCCACCCCCCGAAGCCUUCCUCAAGGAUAACCCCAUUGCCCGCAAACAAAUCAACGCCUGGAAACCUACCGACGUCCAGCUCCAGGUCUGGGACGACCUCUGCCACGUCGCCCCGACCCUCUCCUUCACACGACCCGCAAAGCACAUGUACCGCUCAACAGCUCAAUUCAGCGCCUGGGCCCUCGCCCGCGCCCAAAAGCGCGAAAUCGAAAUCCUCGACGACGACGCCGUGAGCGUGAUAUCGCGCUCCACUUCCGAACAUGGCGUCUCACCGAUCGAAAACGAGCUAGCAAAAGGCGCAAUAGGCAAAGCAGGCGACCCGUUACCGCCCUUCCAUCACCACAUGAUCCGACAGCGCGUUGACCGACACGGAAACAUCUUCGAGCUAGCGCCUGCCUCCGAACUGCCGGGUUGCACGAUGCCGCGCGAGGAGAUCGGGAGCGUCAAGCCCGGCCCCGCGCGGCGCUGGAUGGCGGCCAAGGCGAAAUUCGACCAGCGCUUCGCACGGGAGAAGCGGAAGGUGCAGAGGCGGCGGAUCCGCGAGAUGGGGGAGGGCUACGAGGUGUUUGGCGGGGAGAUGCCGCCGCCGAGUGCGCUAGCGGGGCGCAGGGUGAAGGGGAAGGAGGCGGCGGAGCGGAAGAGGAGGACGGGGUGGGGGCUGGGGAUGUGGAGUUUGUGGGGCUCUGAGCACGAUAAGCAGACUAUACAACGGGAGUUGAAUGCUGCGGAUGUGGAUACCGCGGCUGCUUCGCCGGAUGAUGGGGCCGGGGCGGCGGGGAGGGGUGAUUCGUUGGGGAACUCGGCGGUGCCGGUGGUUGGGGAUGCGAUUCAGCUUGAGGAGCGGGAGCGGGAGCGGAGUCGGAGCAAUUCGCGGAGGGUUUCGGUGAUGGAUAGGAAUCAGACGGGGGAAAGGGGUGUGGAUGAGGAUACACCUGCUGCGGACCUGGUAGCCAUGCAGCAACAGGCGCCGAAUGGGAGGACGGUGGUGAAUCAGUAUCUUACGCCUGAGUUUGCGGCUAGGAGGGGUGCUGGGGAUGGCGUGGCGGGUGUGGAGAGAGAUGGGAAGCCUGUGAGGCCGAAGGCUGGCGGGGAGGCGUUUCCGUUUAGUGUUAGAGGGGCGGAGGGGGAGAGGCCGGAGAGUGCGGCGAGUAUGGCUACGCUGAUGAGUGAAAUGGGGGUGAGACCUGUGGCGGAGGUUGAGCGGUAGAUAUUGGGAAGAUGUAUAAGAUUGUAUAGUGUGAAUGUCAGAUACCAAAAUCUGUUGUAAAUGUUAUGAG